AUGCAGCGCUGGAAGGCAGCAGCCUUGGCCUCGGUGCUCUGCAGCUCCGUGCUCUCCAUCUGGAUGUGUCGGGACGGCCUACUCCUCAGCCACCGCCUCGGACCCGCGUUAGCCCCGCUGCGCCGGCCACCUCGAACCCUGGACGCCCGGAUCGCCCGCCUGGCCCAGUACCGUGCACUGCUGCAGGGCGCCCCGGACGCCGUGGAACUGCGCGAGCUGACGCCCUGGGCGGGGCGGUCCCCCAGCGCGCGCCGUCGGACUGGGCCCCGGCGGCGGCGCGCGCGUGCGCGGUCGGGGUCGCGGCCAUGCGGGCUGCGCGAGCUCGAGGUGCGCGUGAGCGAGCUGGGCCUCGGCUACACGUCCGAGGAGACGGUGCUGUUCCGCUACUGCGCAGGCGCGUGCGAGGCGGCCACGCGCGUCUACGACCUGGGCUUGCGGCGCCUGCGCCAGCGGCGGCGCGUGCGGCGCGAGAGGAUUCGCGCGCAGCCCUGCUGCCGCCCGACGGCCUACGAGGACGAGGUGUCUUUUCUGGACACGAACAGCCGCUACCACACGGUGCACGAGCUGUCGGCGCGAGAGUGCGCCUGCGUGUGA